UGGGUGUGGAAACAGGAAACUUCUUCCUAAGGCACUUUUACUUUCUUUACUUGAACAGGCAUUGAGGUAAAAACUGUCAAGUGGAUAUCGAGGAGCCUCACUGACGUGACCUAAUAACAACGUGGGUGCAGCAAGCCAAGAGAGAUCUGUCACUGACUUCUACAGAAGAUGACAGCAAGGCGUCUCCAACACCUCCAGGGACCGAAGACACUUGCACUACACACAGCGGAAUCAAAUCCAUUUGGCCAGACUGUUUAGUCUUCUUCGGGGGUUUCAUCAGACUCACCCAAUUUCAGAAUGGCCCUGCUCAUCCAUAUACUGGCCUGUGCCUUUGGUCUGGGCUCUUGGGUGGCAGUAAAUGGCCUGUGGGUGGAACUACCACUCAUCGUCAAUACUCUCCCCGAGGGCUGGGAUCUCCCCUCAUACCUGACUGUCAUCAUCCAACUGGCCAACUUGGGACCUCUGCUGGUCACUCUGAUGCAUAAACUGUGCCCGGGUCGUCUAAAAGAGAAUGUUGUAAUUUACACUAUCCUCUCCAUUGGUAUCCUGGCCUGCAUCAUGCUGGUCUUCUUCUGGCACAAGACUACGAUUGUGGCCGGGGGAACAUAUAGCACUGCCUUUUUCAUCCUUACCUUCUUUCUGUCGUUGGUCGAUUGCACCUCUUCGGUCACCUUCCUGCCUUUCAUGAUGCAUCUCCCAGCCAACUACAUCACAACGUUUUAUAUCGGGGAAGGGUUAAGUGGUUUAGUUCCUGCCAUCAUUGCUCUGGCACAAGGCGUGGGCAUCGCCAAGUGUGUCAACUCCUCUCAGACUGUGGGAAAUAACACGGGCGAGGAUGUGUGGUUCUUACAAACAGAGUAUCUCUCUCCAAACUUUUCCACAGAGGUAUUUUUUGUCUUCCUAGCGGUCAUGAUGUGCAUAAGCCUGGCUGCAUUUUUCGCUUUAAACAGGCUCCCUCGAACAGCCGAGCCGUCCACUGAAAAUCUUGUGUCAGACACUGGGGCGUCAGUCAGCUCUGGCCUGGAUAACCCUGGAGUAGAGGCUGAAGGAGAGGCUGUGAAAGGCCAGAGUGAGGGUGCAGCUCAGAGCAGGCCUCUGCUGGAUGGUCCAGAACACUCCUUGUACCAGAUGAUCUUCAUCUAUUUUAUGGUGGUGUGGAUUAAUGCCGCCACCAACGGCCUGCUGCCGUCUGUGCAGACAUACUCCUGUAUGCCCUAUGGGAACCUUGCCUUUCACCUCUCUGCUACUUUGGCUUCAGUGGCUAACCCAAUGGCAUGCACCAUUGCAACAUUCUUCCAAAACAGGUCACUGGUGUUCCUUGGUUUACUGACAACAUUAGGGACAGGAUUUGGCAGCUAUAACAUGGCUAUGGCAGCUAUGAGUCCAUGUCCAUUGCUUCAGGGGACUGUGAUGGGAGAAGUGGUCAUUGUGCUUUCAUGGCUCCUCUUCACUGGAACACUGUCUUACGUCAAAGUAAUGGUGGGCGUCAUCCUGAGAGACCGGAGCCACAGUGCCCUGGUUUGGUGUGGAGCCGCAGCACAGAUGGGCUCUCUUGUCGGCUCACUCACCAUGUUUCCACUGAUAAAUGUUUACCGGCUCUUUAAGCCGGGAGACUUUUGUAACACUUACUGUCCUUAAUGGCUUUUUAAUCUGGGAACCACGGCACUGGAAGGCACCUGGAGACGGACACAAGUCAUGCCAUUGUUGUUAUUUAGGUGGUUGCCAAGAGUUUACUGAAACGACUGACACAGUUCUCAUAUGUGGGGGGCGAUGAAGGGGCCAGUGAAUUUAGCUUAGUAGCAGAACGACUAGAGAGCAGCAGCUGCUGCCAUGGUUUUUUCCCAUCCCCUCUCACACCUAUAAAAAUCCGCCUGUCAACA